AUGAAAGAGUCACUCAAAAUGAUUAAAUUAUUUAAAGAAGAAGGUAAAACCAUAACAGCAUGGGACGUACUACUAAAUCAAUUAUCCUCAUUAACCGUUAAGGGUGUUUGCUUUAAAUCUGAUUCCCCAGAUGUUUUCUCAACGUUUCAGGGUUAUAAAUACAACAUUCUCGAAAAGCCUGAUUACUCAAAAAUUGAGAUGUUUAUGAAUUUCAUUAAAGAAGCCAUUUGUGAUAAUAAUGAUGAAGUGUAUAAAUACCUUCUCGGCUGGAUUGCAUCAAUGAUUCAACAUCCUGGAAUCAAGAAUGAAACAGCAAUUAUUUUGAAAGGACUUCAGGGAACAGGUAAAAACAGAUUUACAGACAUUAUUUCUGAACUUCUCGCCGGUUAUUCAUGUAAAAACAUUACCGAAAUAAGUGAGCUAACGGGUAAUUUCAAUUCAGUAGUUGAGAAUAAAAUGUUUCUUGUACUUAAUGAACUCAAGAAUGUAGGUGAAGAUAGACUCGCAAACUUCAACGCUUUGAAAUCAAUUAUUACGGAUAAUGAGAUUAGAAUUAAUGAAAAGAAUCAACCAAGAAGAACUGCUCAGAAUGUUGCCAAUUUCAUUUUGGUAACUAAUAACGUCUACCCUGUCAAAAUUGAAGUUGGAGACAGAAGAUACGUAGUUUUAAGAGUUAAUGGUAAAUUCAAGGGUCAAUUUGAUUACUUCAAGAAUUUGAUGGAUUCAUGCACUAAGGAAUUUUAUGAUAAUUUACUGACGUAUUUUAUGCAAUAUGACCUUUCAUCAUUUAAUGUACGAAUCAUACCGAUGACUGAAGCCAAACAAGAUUUAAUAGAAUUAUCAACAAAUCCUUUAGAUGAAUGGAUAAAUACACAUUAUGAUGAAUUGUGUGCAGGUAUGACGUGUAAAAAUGCUCUAUUCUGCAAACCAUCAGACAUGAAAGACAAGAAUUUCCAAAUGAGCAUUAAGGAUAAAUGUGAUAGGAAACAAAGAAGAAUAGAUGGUAAACAAACAUGGUGUUAUGUUUUGAAAGAAGAAAUGAAAGGAUUAUAUAAACAGGUUGAACCAAACGAUAAUGAGGAUUCAUUUACUGACGAUGAAAUACCUGUAAAUGAAGCUUUAUAA